AUGCGAAGCACGCGCUCUACCGCUGAGCUACACCCCCGGGCGCGGGCGGCCGCCGGGAAGACCCGCAUCCGCAGACCCGCCCAGCGCUGCGGGCGCCUGACCUCCGUCCCCGCGGCCCCACCGGCGCCCGCAGGGCGCACGCGCGGUCCUCGGGGACCUUGCCAGAACGUUCCACCGGCCAAGGGCUUCAGGAACCUGCGACCCACGUGCCUCGCCGCCGGGCCGAGACACCCGUCCGGGCAGACGGAGGUGGAAAUCCCGCCCACGUCCUCCAGCCCGGAGGCCGCGGCGGACGCGCGUGAACCUUACUUCGUGAAGACUCUGAGGUUGAAGAAGCCCACGAUUCCUCGUUUCCCUCUGUCCCUGAUCCGCGUGCCAGCUUCUGCUCUGGGAGGAAGCCUGGAGGCCGGCGCGGAGGAGGCCGUGCCCAGCGGCGGGAUGCGAGGAGCCGGGGUCAGAGGCGCGUCCGGGCCGCACUCCCCGAGAAGCCCCGUCCCCCCCACCCGAGGGGCCCCAGGUGGCGGCGCCAGGGCGGGAAGCCCCCGGGCACGAAGCUUUCCCAAUAACACGGUCGGCGGCUACCAGGUUCCGGCGUCCCCGCUCCCGAAGUCGGGGCUCCCGGAUCUGCCGGAUGUUCAGUUCGGGGAGCUUCUCAGUAGUACAUCUUUCUGGGCCCACCCGCUGGACCAGGACACGCGCUGGCCGAGGGCAGAGAGCGCCGCCCGGGCGCCUGAGGGUCCGGCUGUGGCCGCACCGCCCGCACUGGCCCUCGGGUCACGCCCGCGCCUCGGACCCGCGCCCCGCGCCCCGCUCCCUGCGCCCCGCGCCCCGGGCCUCGGACCCCACGCCUCCGCCUCCGCCCCUGGCCUUCGCGCUGCCCGGACCCGCUUCCGGGAAAGCCCGCUGCGCUCGCCGUCCCCUCCCCGCAGGGACCGGGUCCCCCCCCUCCCCCGGCGGCGCCCCCCGCAGCUCUUCCUCGCGUCCUUCCGCGUUAGCCCCGCGGGGUUUGGGAAGUUCAUGUUCCAGGGCGGAGGAGUCGGGGCCCAGCAGGGACCUGAGGACCCCGGGACCCGCCCCCGCGCCUCCCCGCUGGGAUGA